UAAGAAGAAGAAAGAUGCUCUAUGCAUGUUCUCCUCUCUCCUUCUGCACCAGCUGAUCUUCUCUGUGUCAGUUUAGUGUGAAUGACACUGGACAUCAGAUGCUAGAGUCUUUUCUCUAAAGACACAGCGAGGGAGAACAUUUCAGGCAAUAUAGUGUUUUCUGAGGCUUUUGGCUUGAGACAACUAUAAGUUUCUCUUCGGGACAUUUGGCACGUAUGGGUUUCUGUUGGUGUAGCCGUCAAGCAUGAAGUGGAAUUUAUUCAAGAAGAAGCCUGCAGCCAUGGUGGGCCCCGAGCCCACAGGUGCCAGUGCCCUGACCAUGGCCCCUGUUGUUUCCACACCUGCAGAGAACUCCACUGAGCACCAGGGACCCGUCAGCAAGAAUGACGUCUUUGGUGACAUCAAAAACAAGUUCCUCAAUGAGAUGGACAAGCUUCCACUGCCUCCUUGGGCCAUCAUCGCCAUUGCGAUCGUAGCCGUGGUCCUCAUUCUCACGUGCUGCUUCUGCAUCGUUAAAAAGACCUGCCUUAAGAAGAAAAAAGGCAAGAAGGGAAAGAAAGGCAAGGGAGACGUGGGAAUGAAGAACAUGAAAGGAGGAGAGAAACAGGAAGAGGAUGACGAUGAAGAAGAUAUAGACAUGGGAAUAACUGAAGAGAAAGAGGAGGAACCGAAAGAGAAGGAGAAGCUCGGCAAACUGCAGUUCUCCCUUGACUACGACUUCUCUGACAACAAGCUGACAGUGGGCAUCCUGCAAGCCGCAGAUCUUCUCUCCAUGGACAGUGGCGGCACCUCAGACCCGUAUGUCAAAGUUUUCAUUCUCCCAGACAAGAAGAAGAAGUUUGACACCAAGGUGCACAAGAAAACCCUCAACCCUGUCUUCAACGAGACUUUCAACUUUAAGAUUCCGUUCACCGAAAUGGGAGGAAAGACUCUGGUCAUGUCUGUGUACGACUUCGACCGUUUCUCAAAGCACGAUGUGAUCGGUGAGGUGAAGAUACCCAUGAACACCCUGGACCUGGCACAACCUAUCGAGCAAUGGAGAGACCUGGAUAGCGCAGAGAAAGAAGAGCCUGAAAAGCUUGGAGAUAUCUGCAUCUCUUUGCGCUAUGUACCUACAGCUGGAAAACUCACCAUCUGUAUCCUUGAGGCUAAGAACCUGAAAAAGAUGGAUGUUGGAGGACUCUCAGAUCCCUACGUGAAGAUUCAUCUUCUGCAAAACGGCAAGCGGCUGAAGAAGAAGAAGACGACUGUUAAGAAGAACACACUGAACCCGUACUACAACGAGUCCUUCAGCUUUGAGAUUCCACAGGACCAGAUGCAGAAAAUACAAGCUGUGAUCACGGUGCUCGACUACGAUAAGAUCGGCAAGAACGACGCCAUUGGGAAGAUCUGGGUGGGCAGCAAAGCGCAGGGCACUGAGCUCCGGCACUGGUCCGACAUGCUGGCGAACCCACGCAGGCCCAUCGCUCAGUGGCAUCCACUCAAACCUGAGGAGGAGGUGGAUGCCACGUUAGCGGCCCUCACUGCCAAGAAGUAAUCCAGUUCUUCUUCCUUCCUUCCUUCCCUCCCUCUCUCGUUUCCCUUUCUUUCACUUUUCAACAUGCACAACACGUCAUCUUUCCCAAUCAGCACUGAAUUACAGCCAUGGGCCACCAGACUAGAGUAUUUAAAGAAGACCAGCUCAAAUGAGAAAGUGGAUCAGAGUCUAAUGAGAGAGACUCUUUCCACCGAUGUUCCUGAAGACAGGCCGAGCUCAAAGGUGUGUUUAUCCUUGAGGUUUAUUCACAGAAGAGAUGUAAGCUCACAUUCACACCCAAAUAUCCAAAAGCAUUCCAAAGUUUUCCAUCAGGGACCAUGGAUAGAAAACACUGCCUAAUUUAACACAUUCCUUCUAGAUUCUCUGGUCACCUAGAUGAAAUCAGUUCUUUUGUUGAGUCUGAAAGGACAGUGAAGAAUUGUUUAUCAUUGUGAAUAAAAAAAAAUAAAAAAAUGUGGGAACUGGAGAGAUAGUUGGACUAGAUGCUCCUGCCCAGCCAGAAGGAAUCUUUCAGGUGCCGAUUACACUGCCUCCAAAACAACCUCUUCUUCCAUUCUUCAGUUCCAGCUUCCAGCUGGCUUCUUCCACUGCCCAACAUCCUAACAAACCCUGACAAAAAGGAGACAAGCCUUGAAACAUCAUGAAAUAAGCAAUUCUUAGCUGCCAGGGACGUCUUCCUGUUAGCAUCGGUGUAUUUGUUUCUUUGCUUUGAUUUCUUGUUGUAAAUGUUUUCUGCCUGAGCACUUUAAAUGAAGGUGUGUUUUUGUUCCAGUCAAUGCUUUCAACCUGCUUUUAUUGCUUCCCACAGUUUUAGAUGUUCUGAAUCCUCUCAUUAAUGUAAAAAUAAGUCAGAAUUUACUCACUUUUCUAUCUUACGGCAGUGGAACACGAAAGGAGGUGUUUCAAAGAAAGUUCAUGCUGCUCUCUUCCAUACAAUGAAUGAGAAUGGUGACCUAGCUUAAAAAAAAUGCUUCUGACUUCAUAUGAUCUGCCAAACUAAAAUUGUUCAAAAAUCUUGCUUGACUUGGAAAAGAACAGUGUGAACAUUCUCCAGAAUUUCUCCUUUUGUCUUCUACAGAAGAAAUAAAGGAAUGUCAUACGGGUUUCGAAAAACGUGAGUCAACUAAUCCUUAGAGAACUACCAUCACUCUUUGUUUUCAUGUUUUAUUCUUGGUUUAAACCAGACGUUAUGGUUUCACGAGAAGAGCUGAUAGAAGGCACUGUUAUUGUGUGUAUUUACUGCACAUCUUACCAAACCGCUAAACUUAUUUGCACUACUGAAACUGCAUUCUGUACAUAUUGCUCUAUCAAUCUCAAUACAACCUUUUGUGAUGGCGCAUUCUUGAAAGUUUGCAUUUGUUUAAAAAGGGAGCUUGUAUUGUUUGAAAGCUUAUUUGUGGCUUACAGUAUGAGUAAUUGUUAGGAUAUAAAUCUCUGAAUAUCUUUUUGCUUAAGAACGACACAGAACUAAAUCUUUGUGCGUUUUAUCCUCAUAUUUCUUGGAGAAACUCUUUUGGCAAUGAAUAUAUUUGUUCAGUUAUUAAUUAGUUAGGAAAUUAAGCAAAAUUGCUGGCUCGAAUUGGAUCGAGUCUUUUUUGGAGCAUUAUUUAUUGAGUAAAGACUUUUAAACCAGGCCAAAAUCUACAUGUAGAGAGCCAAGAAUGUAUUUGAGGGAGACUUUGUUGUGAACAUGCUGUAACCUGAUAAAAAACAACUCAUUCUCAUAAGGAAAUGUCACUUUAGCAGCUUUUAUCCUGCACCAUCUCAUCACUGCAACAUUACUCUACUGCCGCACUGAAUUGUCAUUCAUGCAGUUACUUUUAGGGUUAUAAUGAAAAGUCUGUCAUCGUAAAAUUUGAAUCCUCUCAGAUUUUUUUAUCAAAAGCACAAUAAAAGUUAUUUUACUCAUGCUUUAUAUUCAAAGUCUUCAGAAAUCCCACAGCUUUGUGUGAGGAACAGAAAUGUAGAUAGAUCACCCAAAAGUGAACGUUCAUCAUUUACUCACCCUCAUCUCAUUCCAAACCUGUAUGAUUUUGUGUAACACAGAUGAUAUUUUUAAAGUCAUUGGGUUCCAAAACAAGAUUUUAUUGACCUUAUUGACUUUCAUUGUAUAAAGGGAAGAAAAAAAUGUCGUCUUUUGUGUUCCACAGAAGGAAAGUCAUUCAAAUACACAAUAAGGGAAUUUUCUGUUUUGGAUAAACAUUCUAUUUAAGUUUGAAAAGUUUAUAAUGGCAGUUGAAGCCAUUUAGUGUUAUUCAAACAUAAAAAUCUCUGAAGACUGUCGACAGAAUCUUCAUUUAAAAGUGGCUUAAGUGACGUUUCCUGUCUGAGAUUCCCCUAGAUAAAACAGAAGCUGCUCUUCUGACAGGCUGUGUUCAGUUGCAAUAAAUCUGUUGUUCGGUAUUUCCAUCCACAUUCACAGUGCAGUUUGUCAUUUUCAUGUCUUUUUGCAGGUCUAAUGAAUGUGUGGUUAUUUAUGUGACAUCAUGCUUUUUUUUCAUGUAGUAUCAUAUUGAAACCUACUUUGUUUACGCUGUUAAUGUUCUGUACACCAUUCUGGUUUAACCUCUUACACAGAUAUGUCCCUUAUUUCGAAGAACUUUCACAAAAAAAUUGCAACUCGCAACUACCACCCCCUCCCCAAACCCAUAGGCGUGUAGUUUGACCUAUAUAUGCAUAGUUCCUACUUUAUGAUACUGCAUGUUACAGUACAAAAAGAUGCGCAUGUUUCAGAGACGAAGCAAAAAAUAUAUUGUGUACCUAAGUAGGUGUUCUUUGUCAUUUUAAUAACAAAACGGAGGGGGAUAAAUGCUGUGUAUAUUUUCUAAUCAAAUCAAAUAUGUAUUUAUUUUCUGUGAGCGGGUACUGGAGAGAAUAUGAAGUGUACUAGACUAAUCUUCAUUUUCAGAUUCAAUCCAUGCCUGGACAUCAUGAGCAGAUACUGUAUGUUAAGUGCUUUGUGUGAACUAAUAUAGAAUGAAAACGUAGCCGCAUGCUUGCCGUCUACUAAUAUUGUUAAGGAACAAAAUUAUUAUUUAUUUAUUUGAAAUUAGUUAUUUAUAUUUAUUUUUCAGAGUAAUAUUUGUAUGUGUUGUUGUCAGAAUACGUUCCUGGGAAGUCAAAACUUCCAGCGGGGGCUCCAAGUGGAUAUAUUUCCCCAUCUUGUAGGAUCCUGUAAUCAGCAGAGUAUCUCUGUUGGAACUACGAUGUAAAGUUUUGCAUCAUAUGAAUCAUUAUGAAAAAAAUUACACAUUAUUAUAAUUUGUGUCUUUUUGCUGUCAGUGCCAAUGAGAGAAGUCACGUUUACUGCCAUUUUAGCUGACUUUACGUCAUUCUUACGUGAUUUUUUCGGACCAACUGAUUUCUACCUUGGCAACAAAGUUGCCGGAGCACAACACUAUCAAUCAUGUUAUAGAAAACUUGGAGUCCCCAUUGUUUUCUAACAAGCUUUUAUUUAUGAAUCUUUUACAUAAGAACAGCGUUUAACUAGCCAAUAAACCGUAAGUUUGUGUGUGUGAGUGUGAAUAAGAUAAAGCCAUAAGACUUGAGCUAAAUCUUUAGAGCUCAACUAUAUAGAUGAUCCUAAAAUGUCUCCUCCUUUCAUAGGCCGAUGAAUCUCCUCGACAUUCCACAUAGUCUGUGAAGCUACGGGGCCACACUGUUUCCUAAGAUGUGCUAAGUUAAGCAUUAUUGGCAGUUCAACUUGAAAUAGUCAGUCUUUUUGUUAAUAAUAAUGUCUUUUUGAUGAGUUUAUGAUGAUUUCAGUGUAUAUUUUUUGUAAAUGGCUUGAUUUAACAUAAAGUUUGCUAGGAACAUCUGUGUGAACUUAAACAUGCUUGUAGUUGUUGCCAUUCCACUGUGUAUGUACACACAUGCAUUUCUGGGCAUAGGGCAAUUAAAACCGUUUAACUAUGAGAAGUUGUUUGCUUUUACCAUUUUAAUCCAAAACUCAAUAUGGGAUACCUCAAAAGUAUAUCAUUUGGACAUUCGGACAAGAAAAUUGAACAGAACUGUGCAGAAAUUCGGCUUAUCCAACUAAUUUCAAUCAUCAUUGCUUGAGGUUUGAGUGUGAAUGCGUGUGAUUUUAAUAAUAAUGCAUAGGCCCUUUAAUAAGAAAUAAUAAUUUGUUGGGAGUUACUCGAGCACUGCCAUUCUGCCUAUAUAUAGCAGCGUGCACAUUUAUUUGAAACAUUCCUGAUCGUAAACCACGGAGUUGUUACUUGCAAGCAAAGGUAUUUGGGGCAAUUUAAAAACUGCUCAUGGAUUCCGUCUAUAAGUUGCUCUCCAUUUGCGAAAUCAGCUCAGUUGUCUUUGUAACUCUCUGUGAAUGUUUUAUGUGAUACAAAUCAAUGAGAGACUGCUCUAACCCCCAUAAAAGAGUUCUUGUCAUUUAUUUAUUUUUAUUUUUUUCCGAAAUGCUAGCUGAUGCCUUUAUGUCUGCUUUGGCGUAAUCACAUAGCAAAGUUCUUGGGAUAAAAGAAUCAAAAUCCUGCCAUUGUGUCUCUUUAAUUAGAUUUUUCUCUUGCACUUUUCAUUCUGCUUAUCUAGAAUUGUAAAAUGCUCUUUUUUCUAUUUGUAUCUAUUUGUGAUCAGAUUUUUUUUUUCUUUAGUCGGUGGGAGAUUGUGAGGGUUUGUCCCUCAGGCUAUGUUUGUACAUGUUUCGGUGUUCUCGUGUGCGUGUGUUCAUGUCCGUAUUGUCGUGCCUAGUGUGGAUCAAACGCAUGCUUUAGCCCUUGAUGGGACACUUUGAGAAAACGUUGCUCACAGACUCUUCCCACAACCCCCUAGUGGACAGUACAUGAGCAUCAGCAAUCCUUGUAAAGACGUCAAGGGAACCAAAUAGCUCUACAGAUUUACCAUGUGUGUUACCAGCUCUGUACUGAAACAAAUGAGAAAAUAAAGGCCUUUUAAUUACACUUAA